AUGAAGUACCGCGAGAACAACCACCAUGAACACCGUCUCGCUGGCUUUGGCUGGUUGCCCAAUAAGAUUCGCAACCAAUUCAUUGCUGUCGUUGGCGAGUUUGUCGGCACAUUCCUCUUCCUGUUCUUCGCCUUCAGCGCUACUCAAGUCGCCAACGCUGCCACUGGCAAUACAUCCGAAAAUAGCGAUGAUGGAUCUAUCACCCAAGCACCGAACACUUCAGCCUUGCUGUACAUUGCAUUGGCCUUUGGCUUCUCCCUGGCUGUCAACGCCUGGGUCUUCUUCCGCAUCACCGGCGGCCUCUUCAACCCAGCAGUCACCCUCGCCCUCUGCCUCAUCGGUGCAUGCAAAUGGACUCGUGGUGCACUCGUCUUCGUCGGCCAGAUCCUCGGCGCCAUUGCAGCCGCUGGCAUCGUCUCCUGCCUUUUUCCCGCUGCCAUGAACGUCUCGACAACCCUCGGAGGUGGUACCUCAAUCGUCAGAGGCCUGUUCAUUGAGAUGUUCCUCACCGCCAUGCUCGUCUUCACCAUUCUCAUGCUGGCUGCAGAGAAACACAAGGGAACCUUUCUCGCACCCAUUGGCAUUGGCUUGGCUCUCUUCGUCGCUGAGCUUACCGGUGUCUUCUUCACUGGCGGCAGUCUCAACCCUGCUCGCUCUUUCGGACCCUGCGUCAUUCUACACUCCUUCCCAGGCUACCACUGGAUCUACUGGCUUGGCCCCUUGCUGGGAUCCGUCCUCUCCGUCGGCUUCUACAAAUUUAUCAAGACUCUGGAAUACGAGACGGCAAACCCUGGACAGGAC